UACCAAUGUUCCAAAUGAUUGGAGCUAUGAAGAAAUGUGGAGCACGUUUUUGAAAUUUGGCCGAGUUUAUGACAUCUAUUCUCCAAGUAGAAGAAGUAGGAAUGGGAGUAGAUUCGGCUUUGUGAGAUUUCUAGGGGUGACAGACAAGAAGGAACUGGAAAGAAAGCUGGAUCAGAUCCGGGUAGGAGACCAGAAAUUGUGGGUGAAUAUGCCAAGGUAUGAUGUUGAGAAGAAAGAAGUUGGGGUGAAAAGAAAAAGUUGUGGAAUGGUGAAUGUAGAUCAGAAUAGAAGUUAUGCUGAGGUGGUGAAAGGAACACAAGAGAAGCAUGUAGGGCAAGACAAGCAAGGGAGACACAGAGAUAGAAGUAGACACGAGCACCGGCAAACUGCAAAUAGGAAAGUGUGGAAAGAAAGAGCAAGGGGAGUGAAAUGGGCAGGUAUGGAGUUCAAUGUAAAACCUGAAGAGUAUGCUUGGCUCGAAGGUAAAUGUUGGAAUAGUGCAUUUCGUGGAGAUGGUCAAGACAAGGAGGAAGUGAAAGACUUCGUUGAAAUGGCAUCAGAUUGGCUAAGGCAAUGGUUUGAAGAGGUGAGGCCGUGGACACCACAGAUGAUAGCAAAAGAGAGAUUUGUGUGGAUAAGGUGUCAAGGGGCACCAUCCGAAGAUCGAGAAUCAUGGUCUACCGGAACAGAGUCGGAGAUGCAUGAGGAGGAAGAUGAAAGGAGGAACGAGGAGGUUCAAUUCAGGUGUUCAGUUGAAGAAGAUGAUGACGUAAGAAGACGUAGGAAAGAGGAAGAAAGAAGAAAGUUAGUACAAAUCAGCAAGGAAGAAGGGGAUGUAGUAGAAACCGUUGGUGACAACCUGGAUGAAACUCAAAAUUCAAAUGCAAAUGAAAGAAGCAGGAGGACAGAUGGCGUGGCUACAGGACAGAUGAAGGAAAGCCCAAUGGCAAUGGAGUCCACAAAUGUGGAAGUGGCCCAAAUAGAAACAAUAAAGGAGACUCCAAUUACAUCCCAAAACAAGGACAUUUCUAGAAUCGGAGAACCUAUAGAAGAAAAGGGCGAUGAAGAAGCAGACGCAUUCUGGAAGGGUCAUGAAUUAGAGAGAAGCCGUAUAGAAGUUUGGAUCGGCAAACAGUUGGAGGAGAUCAACUCAAAAAAUGGUAGAAAGAAGGUCAGACGGUGUAUUGUCAACCCAGGAUCAGUGAGGGGUCUUGGAGGGGUAGGGAAGAAAGCACAGAUUAGGGAGUUAGUUAUCAAAGAAAAAAUUCAAUUUUUAGCAGUACAAGAGACCAAGAUGGAUAUAGUUGAUAGAAAGAUCUGUAGAAAUUUAUGGGGGUCUGAGGAUAUGGAUUGGGUUGCAAAGUCUUCUAAUGGCAUGUAUGGAGGUCUGAUAUGUGUUUGGGAUUCUAAAAUAUUGAAGAAGAAAGAGACUAUAGAGGGGGAUAAUUUUAUAGGGGUAUUUGGACUAUGGGGAUUGGAGGAGAUACCGGUAUACAUUUUAAACAUUUAUUCCCCAUGUCAACUCACAAGCAAAAGAGCCUUAUGGGAGGAGCUGCAAGGUCUAAUUAAUAACAGAAAGGGGUUGUGGUGCUUAGCAGGGGAUUUUAAUGCUUUAAGGAGGGUUGAGGAAAGAGCAGGAUGUAAGGUGGUGUCAAAUGAAAUGAGGGAGUUUGAUGCUUUCAUCCACAACACUGAUUUGUUUGACUUACCGUUGAUAGGGAGAAAAUACACUUGGUAUAAUUCAAAUGGGCAACAAAUGAGCAGAAUUGAUAGAUUUCUGUUUUCUAAAGAGUGGAUGUCAAAGUGGAGUGAAAUGAAACAGUGGGGGUUGAAGAGGUCUGUAUCGGAUCACUGCCCUAUAGUGAUAAAAAAUGAGCAGGUCGACUGUGGUCCAAAACAGUUCAGAUUUUUUGAUGCUUGGUUAGAUCAACCUGGAUGUAAGGACGUGAUUGCAAGUGUAUGGUGUGACAACGAAGUGAAGGAAUGGAAUGGAUUUAAACUUAAAGAAAAGUUGAAAAGAACAAAGAAGGCACUAAAGGAGUGGAGUGGCAAAACCAACAGGGAGAUGGACGGAAGAAUAAAGGAAGCAGAACUACUAAUCGCUUCAAUUGAUGAGAAAGGAGAGCAGCACCAGUUGUCAGAUAAUGAUAUUGAAUUGAGAAGGAACAGUUUUAUUGAAUUGUGGAAGAAUUUAAAAAUCAAGAAGAGGAUGAGUCAACAAAAAUCAAGAAAGCAGUGGCUAAAGGAAGGUGACGCGAAUACAAAAUUCUUCCAUAGAAGCAUCAAGGGAAGAUGGAGCCGAAAUGAAAUCAAUAAUAUCCUGAUAAAUGGGGAGCAACAUAUAGGAGUGGAGGUAAUAAAGCGAGAGAUUGCUAAGUACUUCCAAGAAUUGUUUACAGAAGAAAAUUGGAGGAGACCAAAGCUUGAUGGAAUAUGGUUUAGGCAAAUCACACAAACUGAUAAUGAGCUCCUCACUACUACUUUUUCAGAACAGGAAAUUAAAGAAGCAAUAUGGAAUUGUGAUCCAUCCAAAUCCCCAGGACCAGAUGGAUUCAACUUCAGAUUCAUCAUGACAAUGUGGGAGGUUAUAAAAGCUGAUAUAAUCAACUUUGUACAGGAGUUCCAACAACAUGGCAGGCUAGUUAAGGGGUCAAAUACCUCUUUCAUUGUGUUAAUUCCAAAGACAGAAAAUCCACAAGCAAUUGAGGAAUUCAGACCCAUUUCGCUCAUAGGAGUCACUUAUAAGAUCAUUGCAAAGUUACUAACGAACCGAUUACGGAAGGUGUUACCUAAGGUGAUUGGGGAGCAGCAGAUGGCUUUUAUUGAAGGAAGGCAAUUAGUGGAGGGGGUAGUGAUUGCAAAUAAGAUUCUCGAUGAAGUCAAGAGGAAAAAGAAGAAGGGAUUCCUAUUUAAAGCCGACUUCGAGAAAGCCUACGACAAAGUAAGCUGGGAAUUCAUUGACUACAUAAUGAUGAUGAUGGGAUUCUAUGCAACUUGGAGGAAAUGGAUUCAGGAGUGCUUGAAUUCGAGCUCGGUCUCUAUUCUAAUCAAUGGCAGUCCGACAAAUCAAUUCUCGGUUAAUAAAGCCAUCCGUCAAGGAGAUCCUUUAUCUCAUUUUCUAUUCUUGAUUGUGGCAAAGGGGCUGAAUGGACUAGUGUCAUCAGCAGUGGAGAAGGAGAGGUACAAAGGAGUGGGCAUUGGGAGUGGAGAUGCGAUGGUCACACGCCUUCAAUUCGCGGAUGACACAAUCUUCUUUGGGGAUGCAACAGAAGACAAUAUUAGGAGUGCUAAAAUGGCAUACCAAUUGUGCUGCAAGGAAGGGAAAUUGCCAUUCAGGUAUUUGGGAAUUCCAAUUGGCGGGAAUCAUAGAAGAAAAGCCAUGUGGCAGCUUAUGGUGGAGUCUGUUAGAAAGAAGCUAGCCAGCUGGAAGGGGAGGUAUCUAUCGAUGGGAGGCUGCAUUACGCUCAUCAAUUCAGUGCUGUCAAGCCUAUCAGUGUUCUUGAUGUCUGUCUAUGUUAUCCCAAAAGGUAUAAUUCAUUCCAUUGAUAAACUUCAUAAAAGCUUUUUAUGGGGAGGGAAGGGAGAUGAGAGAAAAAUAAAUUGGAUUAGCUGGGACAGAGUGUGUAAAAAGAAAGAGGAAAGAGGGUUAGGAGUGAGGGACUUGAGGAUAUUCAACUUGGCAUUGAUGGGAAAAUGGUGGGGAUGGCUUGUUGAAAGUGGGGAGGGUAUGUGGAAAAAAAUAAUUGUAGAGAAGUAUGGAAAGAGAGGGGGUCAUUGGCAGGAUUGGAUUGUUGAAAAUAGAGGAGUAGGAUCAGCUUGGUGGAGGGAUGUGUGUGAUAUUAACAUAAUGAAUGGGGACAGCAAUGGUUGGCUAAAAGAGGGCUUCAGGGUUAACAUUGGGGAGGGUAAUACAAUUAGUUUCUGGUGGGAUAAAUGGAGGGGAAAGGAGUGUCUUGCUAAUAUGUUCCCAAGACUGUAUCUGUUAUCUACAGAGAAGAUGAAGAUGUGCAGUGAAAUGGGAAGGAGAAUCAAUGGUUCAUGGGAGUGGAAUUUAUCAUGGAGGAGGAACUUGUUCGAUUGGGAAAAGGAAGAGGCAAUGGAAUUACACAACAAGAUUCAAAACGUGUAGAUUUCACAAGGAUGCAUGGAUACCUGGGAAUGGGUCCACAGCAAGGAUGGCAAAUACUCAACAAAUUCAGCAUACGCAA